AUGAGUUCUGUUGAGGAAGUAAUAUUUGGAUUGUGCCUCGUAGACUUUCAUCAUUCCAGGGGUCCUGAAAUUGAGUACAGCUAUGGGCUUCCAGAAGGUGCGGAUGCAUCAGAGCUAUGGCCGUAUCUCCCUUUUCAGGCAUUGCCGGACGGAUCACACUCUUUUGAAGAGACCUUCACGUAUUUUACUUUACUUUACAAUCAUAAAGAACAAUGUGGUCCUCCUCGCGGUGGUGCUGCUGAAAUUCCUGAUGAUCAAUUAGAAGACUUCACCACUCUCUUCGCUAUCUCGUGUUCAAGGCAGAUCAAAUCAGAAGAGCUAAUUCGAAAGAGCGAAGAUGUUACAAGGUCGACUGUUCAGAAAGCUGUAGUUGUGGUUUCAAGAAAACCAAUUUUCGGACAGAUAAAAGAUAAAUUGAGUAUAAUUACAAACGCUUUCUUUCUGCAGCGAGAUUUUUCGAACAAGUCCAUCAUAGACACUUUGUAUGGAAAUUUGACAUCGAUGUACAACUUAUCCAAUUUGAAUGAUGAAGGCCAUUUAUACGUGGGUUUGUGUCUACGGCGAAUAGUUUAUGAUUUCAAGCGAGAUGUGCUAACCAUUCUUAAAGCAAUAUUGUUAGAGCGACGAAUCAUGUUCUUUGGAAGCAACGUCGAAGAUCUGUGUAAUUUGCAAUUUGGAUUCAUCAGUUUAAUACCUAGUCUUAUUUCCCAUUUGCAGGAUUGUGGUUCGCCGAAAUUAAACAGUUACAGAAAAACACUUUCCAUGGCCGAUUCAUUCAAAUCGAGUGACAGACAAUCAGUGUUGAAAUUUUUGGGGUUCCCAUUACAGAUAUUUGGUAAAGGAGGUUUUUUUUCGUCUUAUACACCUUUGCAGCAGCUAGAUGACUUGCGCUCUAAAAACACGAACUUCUAUGUAGUUGGGACGUCUAACUCUCUGCUAUUAGAACAGAGCUCUCAACUGUGUGAUAUUUUGAUUAAUGCGAACACCAAAUCUGUGGAUAUACUAUCAGAUGAUAAAUCACUCCAUCAUUCAUUGCAACUGACUUUUCAUGACAAGAAAUGGAUGGAUUAUAUUGUAGCUGACGUCACGGGUACCUGGAAUGAAAAUGACUACUCAACACCAAAAAAUUUACAAUUUGAAGGUAGUGAAGACUUCAUCCGAUGGCAAUUUGAAGAUUAUUUAACGGGAUUGUUAUCAAGUGUGAAGCUGGAAGCAUUUUUACAGUCCUAUAAGGAUAAUGAAAUGGCUAUGAGAUCAAUUCCGGAAGAAAUUGCUAUACAAUCACCUAUACAUUUUUUUAAUCCGCGUUGGGUUCAACUUUGGAAGGAAACUCAGAAUUUCGAGAUGUUCAACAGUUUCACAGACGAUCGAAUAUUUGAUUUAUUUCCACCAAAGCACGUAUACAAUGGUACUGAUACAUUAAGCGCUUUGCAACAAAAGUUACAGAAGUCCUUUCAGUCGUUUAAGAAAAAACAGGCCGUUCAUGCACCAACUAAAGAAGGAAACCACGAAAAUCAGUCCGGGGAAGAAAAUCAAGAAGAAUCAAUCUCGAGAUCAUUGUCAUCGAAAGCUCAAACUGAAGAGCAGACAGUAUGGGGCUCGUGGAAAGAAUAUUUCAAUGCCAAAAAAAAGACGAGACCUUCUAAGUCAAAAUCUGAGAUUUAUUCAUCUACCAAUAGCAUAGCCCUUCAUGAUUCCACCCCUGCAGCCAUCGGAACGGCACUUUUAAAUUUAGGUUUAAACGUGGUUUCAGAUGAUGAAACAGAUGCAUUAUCAAAGGGCACACAGGAUGACAUAGAAAGCACAGAAAAGAUUGAGCAUAUCACAGAAAGGCAAAAUGAGUUGGGUAGAAGAAGCGAGACGGAUAAUCAUUCCGAAGAGGAGUUUUCCAAUCCUUGGAAGUGA